AUGAUUGUUAACGAUGUUGUCGCAUUUGCGUCCCAUCACUGGUUCCUCAUAUCAAGCAUAUUAGUCCCAGCAUAUUUUGUUUGGAACAAGUAUCAGCGUGGUCUCAGCAAAUAUCCAGGCCCCUGGUUGGCAUCAUACACCGAUCUGUGGAGGUUCUCUGAUGCUCUUGGUAGAAAGCCUGAGCAAACUCACAUACGUUUACACAAAGAGCUUGGAGAUAUCGUCCGCCUGGCCCCCAAUGUGCUCUCAUUUGCAGAUCCUAAGGCAAUAAAAUCCAUUUAUGGUCUCAAUAAGGGAUUCGUCAAAUCCGAUUUCUACCCCGUACAACAAGCAACGUCCAAAGGGAGGCGCUUACCAAGUCUGUUUUCAACCACAGAUGAAGACUACCACGCCAAAUAUAGACGCUGCGUCAACAGCGCCUUUGCUAUGAGCUCCCUUGUUUCAUACGAGCCUUUAGUCAACUCCACCCUGACCAUCUUCCUCGACCAGACAGAGCGCCUCUACGUGCAGACAAACCGAUGCUGCAACUUCUCUCAGUGGCUCCAGUUCUUUGCUUUCGACGUCAUUGGUGACCUUACCUGGAGCAAACGUCUCGGCUUCGUCGAGAAAAAUGAAGACGUAGACGGUGUCAUCGCCUUCCUCUUCCGCUUCCUCAGCUACGCCGGCCCGGUGGGUCAAAUGCCUAUCAUCGACCUCUUAUUAGAAAAGAACCCACUCAAACUUCUCGCUGAAAGAUGGGGUUUAAGCAAAAAUGUCUUUCCUAUAACACAGUUUGCUCUAUCUCGUUCGCAAGAACGCGCUGUCGAGAUGCAGAAGAUCAAAGAAAACGGCCUCCCGGCAGAUGCGUCAGGAAACAAAGGCGGCGUUGACCUCCUCUCCAAAUUCAACGCCGCAGCACACGACCACCCACAAUUCAUGACCGAUACACAGGUCUUGACUUCCUGCGUCAGUAUGGUUUUUGCCGGCUCUGAAACCACCGCCAUCUCCCUCUCCGCUGUAUUCUACUACCUGCUACGCAAUCCCAUCGCAUACAAUAAGCUCAUGGCCGAGCUCGACGCCGCUGUCUUAGACGGUACAAUUGAAUCCCGGGACAAUGGCCUCGUCUCCUGGUCUGAAUCCCAAAAACUGCCUUACCUCGACGCAGUCAUCCAAGAAUCGUUUCGUCUUCAUCCUGCGGCUGGCUUGCUCCUUGAACGUGUUGUUCCAGCAAAAGGAAUAACCAUAUGUGACGAGCAUAUCCCUGGAGGCACAAUUGUGGGUUGCAACGCUUGGGUCCUACACCGACGUCCAGAGGUCUUCGGAGAGGACGUUGAUGCGUUCAGACCUGAGCGGUGGAUUGACGCGAAGCCGGAAAAACUGAGGGACAUGAAAGCAACAAUGUUUCACUUUGGCGCAGGAGCAAGGACAUGUAUCGGGAGAAAUAUUAGUCUGUUGGAGGUAUAUAAGUUGGUUCCGAGUUUUCUGAGGAGGUUUGAGAUCGAACUUGAUCAACCAGAAAAGGAGUGGGUGACCGAUAAUGGCUGGUUUGUGCGGCAGUUGGCCUUCAAUACCAAAUUCAAACUCAGAGUUACACUGGCAACAGUUUAG